AUGGAGAGUAAGUUAGCUGAGCUCCAAGGUGAGCCCAUAAAGGAUAGAGUUAGGACUUUCCAUACUCCUCCAAUCACCGAUUCACGGUUUGAUGGUUCACAAGCAUUAAAGGAGUCGUAUAAGGCUCCUGAUGAUUCAGAUAGUUUUGAUUCUAAUCGAAGUAAUGAUGAGAGUUCAGAUGCUAAUAGCACUGCCACUUUAGCUUCUCCAAGAAAAAAAGCUUCUCAUGAAGAAUUAGAAAAAAGGGUUGGUCCUAUAAAAGAAUUGCCUGUUGAAUUAUCUCGUCAAAUUGAUGUAUUCAUUAUCGAUUUGAAACAACCCAAAUAUUUGCAUCCAUUGACUGUUAUUCAGUUAGCUAAUCUUUUUCAGAGUUUCUACAGUAAAUUUGAUAAAGCUGCUUUCCAGCUGUUAAAUAACGCCAAUAAUAAUAUCAAUGGUAAUAAUUCUAUUAAUAACACACCUACACAUUCUGGAUCCCUCCUAAGUGUCUCUCGUGAGACUUUGAGUAGUGGAUUAAGUGGUAUUUUUGCCCGUUCAAGGAGUGGUAGUAUCAAUAAUAAUAUUCGAAGACAAAGACGUUCGUCAUCAUUAUUUGGUAAUGACACAAACUCAAACAUUGUUAAUAAUAGCGUGAAUGGUCCAUCUACUAUGGUGACUAAUAACAAUAAUAUCAAUUCUUCCAUGAUGGCAACAAAUAUGACAAUGAGUUUAAGUAAUUCAUCAACACAAAACUCAUUACCUUUAUUAUCACCAGAUGAAAUUACUACUCAUUUAGAAAAUAAUGAAAUCGUUGGUAUUAAAAUUGAUAAAUAUAUGGAACUAUGUGAAAGAGACAUUUUUCAAAGGAUCUUGGAAGUCGGCACAUCUGUAUCAUCAGUACCAACCAUGUUGAAUGGUAAAGAUGAUGAUUUCACAAAUUCACGAGAUAAUUCCAACACAAGCAUGAGAGAUUUCAAUGAGUCUGCAAUUAUUAAUAAUAAUACUAGUAAUACUAACAAUAGUAAUAGUGUUACUACUGGAAAUUAUUUCGAUGUAACAAAUCUAUUUAGAAAUAGCGUCGAUUUUUUAGAGUAUGAUCAAUUAAUGGAUAGAAGGAUUAAAUGUUUAAAUGAAAUUAUGGAUAGUGAUGAUAAAUUAAGGAAGUUUUUAGACUUACCAGUCGAUUCAAUUAAAUUUAAUAAGGAGAUUGAUUCUGAAAUUAAAGAUGUUCUAAUAAAUUUUACACAAUAUUCAAUACCACCAUUUGAAAAAUCUAAAAUAUUAUUAAAAUUGCAUGAAAUUUUAAAAUUAACUGAUUCUAUGUCGAAUGAUGAAUUUUUAUCAUUAUUAAUUUAUUAUUUAAUUAAAACUAAGCCAAAACACAUAUUUUUGAAUAUUGAAUUUAUUAAACUAUUUAGAUAUAAGAAGAAAUUGGUAGAAAAUGAAUUAUAUUCAUUAACAAAUUUUAUUGCUGCAUUAGUAUAUAUUGAAAGCUUAACUAUUAAUGAUCUUUCAAUAGAAUAUCAAGAAAACUUAAGUGAUAGACAAAGAAAAAUUCUAAAACAAACUAUUAGCAGUAAAAUUCAUUUACCAAAUUCAAUAAUGAAUUGGAAUAAUUCAAGCACUGAAUCACCAACAAUGGAUAUCCCAAAAAUUAUUGAACAUCCAGUUUCAAACACUAGUUCUAGUUCUACGACUGCAAAUGCUACAAAUACUACUAGUACUAAUAAUAAUAAUGGCAAUAGUUCUAAUAGAGGAACUUUUGAAUUAUCAUUAAGAGGCAUAUUAGGAAAGAUGAAAUCAUAUACGCCACCAAAUACACUUUCAAGAAGUAGUAGUCAAAUGUCCUUAGAUAUUGUCAAUGAUACAGUUCCAGAGGAAAACGACGAUGAUAUCGCCAGUGAUGAAGCCGAACUAGAAGAAAACGGUCAAAAUAAGAGUAUGGAAAUUUUACCUGGAGCAAGAUUAGUGCAUUCAAUUAAUGACGAUGAACAAAUUGAAGGAGAUGAAACUAUGACAAAUAGUACUACACUUAAUAUGUCUGCAAUAGAUGAUGAUAGAAGGUUUUUGAAUAAAGAUUUUGAUGAAUUGAAUAUGAAGGAUUUAAAAGAGAUAUUUAAUAUCUAUAAAAAAAUUUUUCAUCAUCCUGAUCAAUUAAUAACUCCUAAUAAUAUAGAUGGUAAUAAUAGUAUUACCAGUAAUAGUAGUAAUAGCAAUAAUAGUAGUAGUAAUAAUAGUAAUGAAAGUUCAUGA